AUGAAAUGCAGUAAUGAAGUUCUGAGAACCACAAACUACGAGCCAGCUAGAAUGAUGGGGAAGGAAUCUCGUUCAGAUCGGGAUCGAGAAAGGGAUCGCCGUGACCGGGAUCGGCGGGACAGAAAAAGAUCAAAGUCCCGGGAUCGAGAUCGGGAACGUAGACGAAGUAGAAGCAGGAGUCGGAGCAGAAGCAGGUCUCCACGUCGUGAUAAAGAUAGAAAGAGAGGUGACAAAUACAAGGAUAAAGACAAGGACAAGAAAAAAGAUGUUGACAACGAGAAGAAAAAACAGGAGAAGGAUAUUACUGCCAUAGUUGAAAUGAAGGAUAAAAAUGAGGCGGGCACUGAACUUGAGCGCAUCAUGGAGGAAAGACGGAGAAAAGUCGAGAUUUGGCGUGCACGUCGAAACAAAGCAGCGAACGCCGCAGAGCAGGCUGAAAAAGAAGAAAAGGGAGAGUGUUCGAACAUUAACGGCAAAGAUAAUCCUGAGAAGAAAAUGUGGAGUCUUGAAGAUGAUGAAGACGAUGAUAUGGAGGAUUUAGGAACCGCUGUGAAACAAGAAGAUCCCAAAGAAGCUGAAGAAAAAAAACCAACUACAGCUGAUGACGAUGAUGAGGAUCCCCUCGAUGCAUUUAUGACUGGAUUAAGGAAGGACUUGCAGAAGGACAGACCGACGGGAGGCGUCCGCGUUGUCACUAUCAAUACAACAAAAGAGAAAAACAAAGGAGUUGUUCUUGAAAACGAGGACAGAUCUGACUUCGUAGUAGAGGACAUUGAUAUGGAGCAGGCUGCGGCAAGCUUGUGUCACAAAGGUCGUAUGUUACCAGUAACUGACCAUACCAAAAUCUAUUACCGACCAUUCCGCAAGGAUUUCUAUGUCGAGACACCCGAAAUAUCGAAGAUGACAAAACUGGAAGUCCGCGCUUAUAGAGAAGAGCUGGACGGUAUUGAAGUUAAAGGAAACAAAUGUCCGAAACCGAUCAAAACAUGGGCUCAAUGCGGUGUGGAAUUUAAAAUUCUUCAGCAGCUCAAGAAGUACAACUACGCAAAACCCACUCCAAUUCAAGCACAAGCAAUACCUUGCAUCAUGGCUGGGCGUGAUAUCAUUGGUAUUGCUAAGACUGGAUCAGGAAAAACACUCGCAUUCCUUCUACCCAUGUUCCGUCACAUUCUGGACCAACCUGAGUUAGAAGAGCUCGAUGGACCUAUCGGUCUCAUUAUGUCUCCUACACGCGAACUCGCAAUGCAAACUUGGAAAGAGGCAAACAAGUUUGCGAAGGUUCUUGACAUCCGCGUUGUUUGUGUAUACGGUGGUGUAGGAAUAUCUGAGCAAAUAGCUGAUCUGAAAAGGGGUGCGGAAGUGAUUGUUUGUACUCCAGGAAGGAUGAUAGAUAUGCUCGCAGCCAAUAGCGGAAAGGUAACGAAUUUGCGGCGAGUAACUUACCUAGUCUUGGACGAGGCAGAUCGAAUGUUCGAUAUGGGAUUUGAACCUCAGGUGACGAAGAUAAUUAAUAACAUACGCCCUGAUCGACAAACUGUGUUGUUCUCUGCAACGUUCCCACGACAGAUGGAAGCUCUUGCACGAAAAAUCCUAGACAAGCCAAUAGAAAUUCAGGUCGGUGGUAAGAGUGUCGUUUGUGCUGACGUUACUCAAAAUGCAGUGAUCUGUGAAGAGCAUCAAAAAUUGCUGAAGUUGCUCGAGCUUCUUGGAAUUUACUACGAAAAAGGAAACGUUAUUGUUUUUGUCGACAAGCAAGAAAAGGCCGAUGACAUUGUUUCUCAACUAAUGCGUAAUGGAUAUUCGUGCGCACCUCUCCACGGAGGGAUUGACCAGUUUGACCGAGAUUCCACCAUUACAGAUUUCAAGGCUGGAAACAUUAAGAUAUUGGUUGCCACUUCUGUCGCUGCACGCGGUCUCGAUGUGAAGAACCUUAUACUCGUAGUGAACUACGAUUGUCCUAACCACUAUGAGGACUACGUUCACAGGGUAGGAAGAACAGGGCGUGCUGGAAACAAAGGCUACGCUUACACUUUCAUCCUUCCGGAACAUCAAGAGCGCAUGGCAGGUGAAGUAUGCCGUGCAUUUGAAACAGCUGGAGCUAAACCACCUGCCGAACUUAAAGCUAUGUUUGAAAAGUUCAAAGCGGAGAUGGCUGCCCAAGGAAAAGAAGUACAUCUUGGUGGUAAAGGUUUUGCUGGAAGCGGCUAUAAAUAUGAUGAAGAUGAAGCAGAAGCGGAUGCUACAAAAAAGAAGAUGACGCGAUUGGUUUGUGGAAUGGAACAUGGAGCUGACGACGAUGAUGAGUUAGAUGAGCAGCUGUCUAUGAUGAUUAAAUCGAAACGAAGAGUGGUAGAAGGCCAAAUGGGACAAAAUGGCUUGAAGAAAAAUUCAGAUGUUGAAGACAAGGUAGCUAAAGCAAAAGCAAUGGCAGAGAAGUUAGCGACACUAAGAAAUCUUAAUGCGCCAGCUGAGAAAGACGCUGCGCAGAAGGCUGCCGAGGCUAUAAUGAAGGGUGGUGAUAUUGCUCCAAUCGAAAUGACGUCAAAAAUGAUUGCGAAACAGUUGGCUGAUAAAUUGAACGAAAAGCUCAAUUAUAUGGGAGGUGAAGCCCUUCCUACUACAAGCCAAGAGGAGGAGUGGCAGUACUUCGAAGAAGAGCUCGACAUCAACGAUUUUCCUCAGCAAGUUCGGUAUCGUGUGUGCAGCAGGGAAUCGUUGGGCCAUAUAUCCGAGUUUGCUGAUGUUGGCAUUUCGGUGAAAGGUUCUCACUAUCCUCCAGGAAAAGAGCCGAAGGAAGGAGAAAGGAAGCUUUACUUACUAUUAGAAGCACGACAUGAAAGGAAUUUGAAAUGUGCUAAAGAAGAGAUUGUUCGGAUAAUGAAAGAUGCUUUCCGACAGCUUACGGCACAAAUGCAACGUGGUGGACCAACUGGUCGUUACAAAGUGUUUUGA